CAUUCUUAACAUCGAUUGGUCUAAUGGAUGAACUGCCUUUGACAAGUAGGCAAAAGUGUGGCGAAUACAUUUAGCAAGGUAGAAGAUAUAGAGAAUCAAAUUCACUAAGUUUCCUUUUUUCUAAAAUCCACCUUUGUUUUUUCCCCUCCAUUUGAAAAUGGAAUCUGAAGAAAAAUCGACGAAUAUCAGAGCGGGGGCGACUCUAGACAACCCGGAUCUAAGUUUCCUACAGCCAACGGUGGGGGCUUUCUUUGCGGAGUACGGCUGGUACCUGCUCCUCAUCAGCGUGGCCCUCUACCUGCUGGUCCGGGAGGUGAAGAAGAGAAGGGCCAACCGGGGACACAAUGACUCAGUCUCUGACAGCGUUGAAGAUACAGCAGCUGUGGUCAGGAGGCAGGAGGCCCUGGAGGCCUCGCGACGCAGGAUGCAAGAGGAGCUGGAUGCCCAGGCAGCACAGUACAAAGAGAAGAAACAAAAAAUCGAGGAGGAGAAAAGGAAACAGAAGAUCGAGAUGUGGGAGAGUAUGAAAGAAGGACGAAGUUACAGGGGGAAUGCAAGGGCGGCAGAAAACGCAGACGAAGCCAGCACAUCGACGGUGGUUAAGCCGAAAAAGGACAAAAAGCCUUUACGAAGUACUGGAUACAAUCCUUUGACUGGAGAUGGAGGAGGAACCUGCUCAUGGCGACCAGGCAGAAGAGGGCCCUCAGCUGGUGGAUGAGGUUAAAUGAGGUCAGAGUGACACUGCUGUGGUGAACUCUGACCCAGCCUCAGAACUGCACACAAACUCAUUGAAACACAGCUGUCAGCCUCUCCCGCACUCAUGUUCCAAAAAGUUCAGUUUCAUACUGACCCAGGAAGCUGGAUGUUCUACUUCAGAUGUUUUCAAACUAUAUUUUUCUAAUUAAUUUGGGAACAAAUCUGCAUAAUUUUGGAUGUUACAAUCCCAUUCUGUGCAGGUUCAUGUACAUUGUAAUUGCAAUUACAUUAUAAUUUUCAUUUAGAAAAGUUUACUUUUUGAGCCAUUUACACUGACAGUUGUAAACAGGGAUUACUGUUAUGUUAGCAGGUAAAUUACCUUUAAAAUUUUGGAAUUUGGCUUUAGUUGAACAUUUGCUUAAGGAACACAGUGGGUGAUGAUUUGAGGUUGACAGCUUUUAAUGAUGCUCCCCUUAUAAAUGGCAGAUUAACCACUGAGGGUGGCUGAUAAUUUUCAGAGAAAUUGUGCAUGCAGCUCUUUCCCUUCCUCUUCUGUCACUUUGAAAUAAAGCUUAUUACUUGUAUAGCAAGACAUGAUACAGAACAGUAAUACUGAGCUUAUUACUGUUUGAAUUUGGAAUGUUGUAUGUAACCACAGUACAAGUUGGAAGAGUUCAAGUUGCUCUAUGAUUGUUGAAAUGCUGAGGAAUUACUUUAUUUGUAUCCUGAGAUUUUAGUUACGUGAAUAGUUAUGGUCAAAGCUACUUUGUUGCGGAUGUAAAAAAAAAAAAA